UGACUACUUACCUAUGUGUGUGUGGCCUGUUUGUUGCUGCCACCUACCGCGUCCAUCAGAUUACUUUUAGAACCCGCGCGCCUUCCUCUUCAUUUACUCCGUAGUCUUCCUUGGUCGUACCUGCCUCGCCCAACACGCUCACUUGGAAAAUCUUCAUCCCCAACAAGAAGGCACACACCCACGUCCAUACGCUUUCACAUACAUACAUACCUUGCGCACACACAAAUCACCUACUCGGCGGUCGCAUAGGGGUAGAAAAUAAUCUGCCGUCCCACCCCCUCCCCCCCCGAACAAAUAAACCACCCAAGGAGCUGUCACUCGAAACCCCACGCGCUCAACGCCUUCUUCACUUUCACACACGUCCACAUACUCAUCACACACCCAGAUUCGUCUCACCUGAGAAGUGUUUUGGCCCAUCAUGUCUGCUCAGACUACCGACACUGCCGUCGCGGCACCUGCUCCAACUGCCUCACCUGCGUCGGCUGCCAUUCCUGAGUCUCAGCCUGCCGCCGCUGCGCCUGCCGCGGACCCGACUUCGGUUCCUGCUGCUGCCCCUGAGCCCACUGCCAUCGUCAAGCAACAGCAGCAGAUCGACCAGGCCACUCCCACCGGCCAGAAGACGGAGUCAAAUGCCGAGCAGAAGCCUGCUUCCGAAAAACCCGUCGAGAAGACACAGACUCCUCUCACUUCCCUCUUUGAGAAGCUGCCCAGCAUUCUGAGCGCAGCCAAGCACAAGGAGAUGUGGGGUGUUCAGCUCUCCGACAUCACUCACGUCCCCACCACCGUUGUCCUGCAGAAGUUCCUCCGCGCCAACGACGACGAUGUCUCCAAGGCUGCCGACCAGCUCCAGAAAGCCCUGGUCUGGCGCCGUGAUACCAAUCCCGGCAAGCUGCUCGACGAGGUAUCCUUCGACAAGAAGAAGUUUGACGAGCUCGGCUACAUCACUACCCACAAGGACUCUCAAGGCAAGGAGACGAUCAUUACCUGGAACAUCUACGGAGCCGUCAAGGACAAGAAGGCUACUUUUGGCAACGUUGAUGAGUUCAUCAAGUGGCGUGCUGCUCUCAUGGAGCUUAGUGUUCGCAAGUUGGGCCUGGAUAAGGUCCAGGCCCCCAUUCCCGAUGGCGGCGAGGACCCUUACCAGAUGAUCCAGGUUCAUGACUACCUCAACGUCAGCUUCCUGCGCAUGGAUCCCGCCGUCAAGGCCGCCUCGUCGGAGACGAUUAGGAUCUUUGCCAUGGCCUACCCCGAACUUCUCGCUCACAAGUACUUUGUCAACAUCCCUGCCCUCAUGGGCUGGGUUUUCAAGGCCAUGAAGGUCUUCCUGGCCCCCAAGACCAUCGCCAAGUUUCAUCCGCUCGGUUAUGGCAGUGAACUUGCCGCGGAGCUCCCCGCUUAUAAGGACUCGCUUCCCAAGGAUUACGGCGGAAACGGCGAGGGCAUCAAAGUUACCGGCCAGACCGUCAAGCUCGCGGAAGCUGCUGUCCCGACUGAGAACUCUAACACUGACGCCAACCCUGCUCCGGCGGCUGCUGCUGCUUCUCCCACCCCUGUCACCGAGGCCAAGUCGGCCGAGACCAAGGCUGCUGAGGCCGCCGCCGUUCCCGCCGUUGCGACUAGCGAGUCCGCUGCCGCUUCCCAGCCGGAGAUGGCGCCCGAGCCUGCCCCGGCCGCGCCCGCUGAGUACGAGAAAACAGAAGUUCCCAACGUUGCCGACCUGAACAUUACCGAUAAGGCAGAAGCCAAGGAAGAGACAAAGCCCGUCGCUGCCUAAGCGGCAGUACUGACAGUACUGGCCUGUCUUUUCUUACUUUUCUUUCGUUGUGCCUUUUUGUCCUUCCCGAUUCGCCCUUCCCCUGAUUUGGAAUUCUGUUAUGGGAAUUGUUGGUUUCGCGGCUUCAGUGCAUUUAGGUCGACGAGACUGCCGCGGAGCUGUGUUAGAAACAUACCUGAGUUCGUGGCCACCACUGUGUUUCUUCUCCCGGUGGGAUAUGGGAAAAAUUGGAGUCGGCCUGUGAUUACUAAAUUCAUUUUUCCUUGCGUGUCUUGCCAUAAUACCCUUCUUGUGUGUGUUCGUGGUAUUGCGCUUCGAGGAUUCAAUUGUAAUUCUUUCCCUCUCCAAUUUAGAGCAGAAUGGGAACAGAAGAGAACAGAGCAGAGGAGGGGCAAGAAAGACCGUAUAGAGGAACGAAGGCUGCAAGUAAUGAAGAAGGAAUCAAAACCUUAGGUUGUCG